CCGCCCGGGCCCACUCGUCAGCCUCACUGACACACCCACUACCCACACCGUCGCACAGCCCUCCCUAGACCCCUGCUCUCUCUCUCUCUCUGGCCAAUUUCGCAUGCACCGGCAGCGCCGGCCGCCUCCAGGAUCAAGAACCCCAAUUCCCCCCCUUCUCUUCCCCCCCCCCCCCCUCCCCCCCCCCCCCCCCCGCCGGUUCUUCUCGCCGUCGCCGCUCACCUGAGAAGAAGGGAGGGUUCUCGCUGCCGCUUCGUCCUUGCAUUUGCGUGAGAGCGCUUGUGAGCGGGGGAGGCCAUGGCGGAUCCGGACGCCGACGAGAACCCGGACUUGUGGGAGCUCUUCUGCCACUACGACCGGCUCUACUUCCGCGGCGAGCUCGACGCCGCCGCCUUCGCCGUCGAGUGGGCCUACCCGCGCAUGAGGACCAUCACUUGCUUCGGGUCCUGUUCCUUUGGAGACCUGAGCAAAAUAAUACUCUAUGAGCCAAUGCUGCAAUGGCGCACAAAUGCUGAUAUGAAGAACGCCCUGCUGCAUCUGAUGAUUCAUGCAAUCAUAUUUGUAAAGCAUGGUAUGAAGAACCUCGGCCAUGGUCCUGUUUUCCGUGAUUGGAUGGAUGCUAUCAACACUUGCACCGCUGAGGAUCACAUGAGACCGACAGGUGGCUACCGUAUCACCACUACCCAUGAUUUCAGUGAGGAAAAAUCCUGCAACAUCCAGGGGAUUCCGUGGCAGUGUGAAUGGUGUGGCGUUACACUUCUGAGGGCAACGAAUUUGGGACCUCCAUCUGAUUCCUGCUGUAUCGAGAAUGUUAGCGAAGAUGCAACCUGUGGCAACAUGCUUUGCCAGUGGCACAACCACAAGAUGGAUUGUGGUGGUACAUAUGUGGUAACCAAACCACGAGGGCAAAGGAUGGUUCGAAAAGGUGGAGAGUUGCUUCUUCGGACUGGAACAACUGAAAUGACCAAGUCACAAGGAGCUGUACAACAAUCAGAUUCAGAUGAAGUGCAGAAAGCAAUUGUUUUGUCUGCAGCCCCUCGGAGUCGGAGAAGAUUGAAGCCGAAGCAAGAGUUUGUUGCAUGGGAGAAUAUUGCACUUUUGUCUAUGGGGAGUCGCAGUAAUGCAAAAUCAGUGGGUAGUAGCUCCUCAAAGAAGGCAGAGGAUGUCCUUUCGAGCCAACUGAAACGGAAGCAAACAGCUGUUACAGCAGAGAAGCAUGGGUUUCUUUCAUUAGGGAGUUGCGACAAUGCAAUAUCGUCAGGAAGUAACGCCUCCAGGAAGACGGGAAAGUUGCAUGAGCCAGACGAUGUUAAGCCUUAUGCAUCCCAGAAAAAAUUGAAGCUAGUGCAGGACUUGGCCGCAUCGGAGAAAUAUGGAGCUUUCUCUCUAGGGACUUGCAACAGUGCAAAACCACCACGAAGCAGCACGUCCAGGAAUGCAGAGAAGUGGUGCAAAUCCGAGGGUGUUGAGAAAUCCACUGUCCUGCGGCCUGCUGCGCCCCCUCAGAAAAUGAAGCUUGAGCAAGACUCCGUUACAUUCCAGAAACAUGGGGUUGCAAAACCAUCAAAAAGUAUCACCCCAGACAGAGUUGGCAAGCUGCAUAAGCCGGAUGUUGUUGAGAACUCCGGUGUCCCGCCUUCCACGCCCCUAAAAAAACUGAAGCUAGAGAAGGACCCGGUUGCAUCUGAGAAACAUGGGGUGGCAACAUCAAGAAGCCUACCUGCUGCACCUCUCACAAAGCUGAAGCCAGACUUGGUUGCAUCGGAGAAGAGUUUUGGUUGCGGCAAUGCAAAAGUACCGGACAACAUCUCCUCACAGAUGGCACACAAGAAACUUGAGCAUGGAGGGGCUCAGAAGCACAUUUCUCUGCAUGCUGCCCCUCAAACUAUGCUGAAGCAACCGAACAAAACCAGCUCCACAGUGAAGGCACCAAAGCAACAUACGUUUGAAGACUUUCGGAAAGCAACUGUUCAGCCUGCCGUCCCUCACAGUAAACUGAAGCAAUCAAACCGUGCUGCAUCGGAGAGGCAAAAGACAAGGAGCAAAACCAAGAGUUGUGCUGCGAAAAAAGAGUAUGUUUGCUUUAGUCUGUGGCAGAACUUCUAUGAACCGGAAUGCUCGAGUGGAUCAGACGAGCCGCUUGUAAACAAGAGAAGUGUGCGGAGAAAAAGAGAGAGGGAACGCGCAGUUCAGAUCACAUACUCACGGUCAAGGAAGCGAGGCACCAGUGGGAUCAGCUCCAUCAAGGCCAAAGUGGAUGAGGAAAUCCCAUCUGGACACUUGGAGAUCAUUGUUAUCGAUGACGAGGUGAUGACUGAAGCCCCUGGAGAACAGUGCAAGGCACCAGCUCCAUGCAUGAACGUUCCUGUCGUCCCGCCCAUUGAUCAGGUGAAGGCUGAAGCCCCUAGAGGUCAGUCCAAGCCACCAGUUCCAUCCAAGGACGUUCCUGCUGUCCCUCCCGCUGAUCAGGUGAUGAUUGAAGCCCCUAGAGGUAUGUCCAAGACACCAACUCCAUCCAAGGACGUUGCUGCUGUCCCUCCCACAGAUCAGGUGAUGACUGAAGCCCCUAGAGGUUUGUCCAAGACACCAGCUCCAUCCAAGGACGUUCCUGCUGUCCCUCCCACUGAUCAGGUGCUGACUGAAACCCCUAGAGGCCAGUCCCAGCCAGCAGCACAGCGCAUGGACACUGCCGUCCCUCCUGCGGACCACGGAGAUCGGUCCAAUCCAUCUACGAUCAUGGACAUUGCUGCUGUGCCUCCAGCUAUGACCCAAGCCCCUAUGGAUCAGUCACAGCCACCAGCUCCUUGCUCCAUCACCGCUGAUCAGGUGGUUCCACCUCCUUCGGCCGACCUGCCUGGUUUACCUCCUUCAAAUCCAAGCAGUUGGGCUGGCGUGAUAGACAUUUCUGAUGAUGAUGACGACGACGACGACGACGAAUGAACUCCUUUUCCGUCACUCUAUAUACUCUCCUUAUUCUGGAUUAAACUGCUGGUCAGUGCUUACCAUAGAUAGGUACUAGUAACUUAUCAACUGUCGUUCCAUUAAAUUCUGCUGUGGAGGCAUAGAGCUCUGAUCUGAACGGCGAAACAUCCUCCUAUAGAUGACUUCCUAUAGUAUUUUGUGAGACGGUGGCUUGGGCAUGGCGAACUGAAGCAUGGAGUUAGCUGCACUAUAGUGCUGAAGCAUGCGCUAUACUCCCUCCGUUCCGAAUUAUUUGUCUUGGAUUUGUCUAGAUACGGAUGUAUCUAGACUCAUUUUAGUGCUAGAUACCUCCGUAUCUAGACGGAGUAAUAUUUUGUGAGACGGUGGCCUGGGCAUGGUGAACUGAAGCAUGGAGAUAGUUGAGACUUGUUGUACUCGCUGGAUCAUUUGCGCCAUGUCGUCAAUCAUUCUUCUUGCUUCGAGAAAA